AUGGAAAUCGGUCCAGAUGGAAAGCCGUGUCGAGCAUGUGUCAGUGUCGAAGAUAUGAUGAAGAAAGGCAGGGAGAUGGCCGAGAAAAUGAAGAAAAAAGAAGAAGAGAAGAAUGCACCGGGCACAAGUACAGGAGCAAAACUACACGGGUGUCCAGUCGAUAAAGAUGAAUUGGGUCGCUCCACUUGGAAUUUACUGCACACAAUGUCGGUCUACUAUCCGGAGAAGCCAACAGAAGACGAUAAAAGCCGCGCGAAGAGUUUUAUGACAAUUUUAGGUCAGACAUAUCCAUGUGAUUUCUGUGCGAAAGACCUUCGAAAAGACCUAAAAUCGGACCCGCCAAAAGUCGAAAAUCGCCAAGAAUUUGCUCUUUGGAUGUGUCAAUUACAUAAUAAAGUGAAUGAAAAAACGGGAAAACAGGCGUUCAACUGUAAAAAUGUGAUGGAACGGUGGCGAGACGGAUGGAAGGAUGGAUCGUGUGAUUAUUAA